AGGGGGAGAGACAGAGGGAGAGACUGCGCGAGCAAGAGGACAGAGAGAAAGAAGGAGAAGGUUUAGGGUUGGAGAGUUUGGCCUUGUUGUCCAGUGGAGCCACUCAGGAGCUCAGGUCCCAGUUGGAGGAGCCUCAGAUCUUUGAUUCAUCAGUGGUCUGUUUAUACUGAGUUUCUGAGUGCAGGUACUGAGGAUGGGGAUGAAGAUGAUGAUGGUGUGUCUGCUGGGUUCACUGCUUAGUCAGGCAUGGAGCUCUACAGAACAUCAUCAAAAUGAGGAAGAGCUUCAUCCUCAGGCUCUUUAUCCCUGGAGAAAUCAAGGAAGGGGAUUGAUCCGGGUGAGGAGAGACUGGAUCAUCCCUCCAAUCAGAGUGUUGGAGAACAGCAAGCAGGUUCCUGAAAACCUUGUCCAGAUCAAAUCGGACAAAAUCUUUACAGGUGAGGUGAUCUACAAGUUGGAAGGACCGGGGGUGGACCAGGAGCCCAAGAAUCUGUUUGAGAUCGACGAUAAAACGGGAGUGAUCAGGAGCAAGCGGCCGCUGGACCGAGAGAAAUACAGGAGCUUCACACUGAAAGCAUUUGCGCUGUCGCCCAGUGGAGAGAGACUAGAGAAUCCCACCACCAUAGAGAUAGUGGUGCUGGAUCAGAACGACAACAGACCCGCUUUCACCCAGAGCCAGUUUGUCGGUGCUGUCUCUGAGUUCUCUGUCCCAGGCACAUCAGUGAUGACAGUUUCAGCCACUGAUGUCGACGACCCAAUGACAGAAAACGCCUUUCUGAGCUACUCCAUCAUCAGCCAGGAGAGUGUUCCUGCCAACGCCAUCAACAAGACCAUGUUUGGUAUCAACAACCAGACAGGAGCCAUAUACACGAGAGACGUCGGCCUCGACAGAGAGGUGGUGAAAAGUUUCAGAUUAAGACUGCAGGUUGGUGACAUGGGGGGCAUGGGACUAACAGGCGAAGGUCUGGCAGUCAUACAUGUAUCUGACAUCAACAACCAUGCUCCACAGUUUAGCCCUGUCUCGUACAGUAUGACUGCAGUGGAGAACAAGCAGGACUAUGAGAUCGGCCGGGUGAACGCGACGGACAGAGACGAUCGGGGAACAGGAAACUGGGAGGCCACAUAUUUCAUUUCCAAUGAUCCUGAUGGAAACUUCGCCAUCGCUACAGACACAGUCACCAACCAGGGCAUCGUGUCAGUGGUGAAGCCUCUGGAUUUUGAAGCACAUAGUGAGUAUGUGCUGAGGUUAACGGUGGAAAAUGUCAACAGUCUGAGUAACAAGGCUCCCAACCUCCCAGCGAGCUCUGCUAUGGUGGUGGUCAGUGUUGUGAAUGAGAACGAAGCUCCACAUUUCAGGGAGGACCCGAUACAGAUCGUGGUCCCUGAGUCUGUGGUUCCUGGGACACUCCUGAAGAGCAACAUCGCCUCUGACCCGGAUAAUUCUGAGCUGAGAUAUGAGAUCAUCAGAGAUCCAGAGAAAUGGCUGGACAUCGACAGAGAUACAGGAGAUAUUAGAGCCAAGAGAACCUUCAACAUGCGAUCUCCAAAUGUUAAGAACCAAAUCUACACUGCUGUGGUGAAGGUGACAGAUGGUGGUGGUGUGUCGACCACAGCCACAGUCGUCAUCACACUGAAGGAGACCAAUGACUUCCCCCCUCAGCUCUUCCCUCUGAGCGGCUCUGUGUGCAGGGGUGCACACCGGACACAUUCUGGUCUGAUAGUGACGGCGGUGGAUGAGGAUCUUCCUCCGCACACUGCACCCUUCACCUUUGAAAUGUCUGAUUAUCUGUCAGUGAACUGGACUGUUGUGCAAGUUAAUGAUACUCAUGCAGUGCUUCAGCCCCUGGUGGCGCUGGAGGCAGGAGAGUAUGCAGUCACAGUGCUGGUGUCAGACUCUGGCAGCCCGACUCUUAGCGCCUACGCUCAGGUUAACAUCACCGUGUGUCUCUGCGACUCCUUCGGGGACUGUAAGUCUGAGACCGGGGCUGUCUUAGGCUCCAGUGUGGGAAUCAACUUCAUCGCUCUCAUUAUCAUCAUGGCCUGUGUUGCACUCCUACUGUUGCUGCUCCUCCUGGCUGUGGCAGUGACCACCUGCGGGAGACGCCACCACAUCAAGAAAGGAGCGGGUCUGCUUGUCGGGGAAUCGGAGGAUGACAUCCGUGACAAUGUCAUCAACUACGACGAGCAGGGAGGGGGUGAGGAGGACGAGAACGCCUUUAACAUCGACAUGCUGUGGAAUCCCCAUGAUGCACCUUCAACCCCGGGGUCCUACUGCCCAAUGCCUCGUGUUCCUCGAUGCAAGCAGCCCCUCAGGAAGGACGCCCCACAUAACCUGCCCUCACCCACCUACCCAAGGAGACCUCCUGCAGAUCCCACUGACAUCGAGGAUUACAUCAAUGACGGCCUUGAGGCAGCAGACAAUGAUCCUAACGUGCCUCCAUAUGACACAGCUCUGAUCUACGACUAUGAGGGAGAGGGAUCCCUGGCAGGCAGCCUCAGCUCCAUCGCUUCAGGCAGCUCUGACGGAGACCAAGACUACGACUACCUCAACAACUGGGGACCACGCUUUCAGAAACUGGCCAACAUGUAUGACCCACGUUAAGUUGGACAGUGACACCCCACGGAGAGAAGCAUCACGAGUAGACAGAGACACAGAUCCUGCUGCGGGCGUUUUUUUCGAGACACGUUUGAUGAGUGUUUUUUGUCCAGGACGAGAAUUGAAGUGCACCAGGGGAAAAUGAAUGUGAUGUAUAAACCGUGGGGCUUUAAUCUAAUGUGCCUUAUGUUGAGGAUCAUUCGGACACAAGUGUCAACAUGGCUCGUGCCAGUGUUUUGAGGUGAGCUCAGGAAAAGUCAAUGAGAAUGUAAAAUCAAGUGUUGACGUGGUCACAAAGACAGGAGCUGUGCAUGUUACAGGGCAAACAGAGUGUGUGUUGAAAUGUGAGUCCAUGUCUGGUGGGGUUUAUCUUCAGACAAGGAUUACUCGGUAAUGAUGCAUACAACAAACCUGAAAUAUAAAACAAAUCUUUUAAAUGUAUUUCUUUUUUAUAUCAGUGAUUAUUUUAUAACAUGUUUUGCUUUGAUAUUGAUUGUGUUUGUUUUUCUGUUCAUAAAUCCUCCAUUCCAGCAUCUGUUUAAAUCUUUUCAAAAAGCCAACAAAACAUGACUGAAGAAAACACUAUCACACUAUGUUCUGUAAUCAAACUGUUUGGAGGUAAAACAUUUGAAUGAUGUUUUUUAAUGUUAGAUUAUACUGGUUUCUUCAGAAUAAAUGUAAUUCUUUUA